AUGUCCUCGACGUCCUACUCCCGUCCAAGCUCGGCAGCGCCUCCAUCGCCUACGAACACGAGGCCCAGAAGCCCAUAUACCCCGCUGCACCCUAGACCGCGAGGUGCAAGUCGAUCAAAUACCCCAAUAAUUGCACGAGAUCGUGGUCCUUAUGGCCCUGUCCCAGACGAUGGUUCUCAAGCCAUUUACGAAAUGCUUUCCAAUAGACAUCGCCGCGAGGACGUCUCAUCAGAUGCAGCCAUAGCCCGAGUAGUAGCGGAAGACGAGAUCAUGGACUGGUCUUCUAGAAACUCCCCGAGACCCCCUUCUCAAGCUUCAGUACGGGCGUCGAAUGGUAUUGGGUUGGGAUAUCCAGGACGAGCGAACACGCCAGGCCAGAUUUCCCGACAGCGGAGCGAUUCUGCGCCUCAGAAGUAUCAGAUAUGGAGACCGCCAAGUGCCGCUGAUGUGCGUACUGUUCCGCGAGCUCCUAGUCGAUCUUCCAUGUCGGCUGCUCCUCCUCCAUCAUCGUCUGUACCCCGGCAUCCCGAUCAACCUCACUAUGGUUCACCUUUGCGGUAUCCAUCUGAGGAGGCAAGGCCGCCACCGAAUGGUUCAUAUCAUGGGGAACGACCGACGAGUCCAGUGGUCAUACCGCAUCGUACAUCAUCCCGACUUUCGGGUAGUAGACCUAUCAACAUGCCUGGAUCUACCGCUACGACCUAUCCACCUUCUCGACCAAAUAGCACGGCACCUCGAUAUGAACGACGGCCAAUCACGCCAGCUGUCAACGGGCAUCAUACACACGAUGCCAAUGGUGGUAGUUCGAGAGCGGGGACGCCAGCCAUGGAUAUGGUUGGGCGUCCUGUCAGUAGAGCCUCUGCUGCCGCUGCUAACGCCGCCAACCUUCGGUACGCCCCAGAUGAAGUUGUUGCUCGGCGGUUGGCUAGAGCGUGGAAUGUAGAGUCUUUGCAGCCCGAUAUCAUCAGCGAGGCCGUUGUUCAGAGCGAGAUCCAGUACAGGUCUGUAUCCAGCCCUUACCCACCGUCGGGACUGUCGAUGAGUCGCCCUCGCAAUAUUCCUGAAGAUAUCCCUUUGGUUGAUGAUCGGGAAAUGCCUCAUGGGCACCCUCCUCAUCGAACUGCCCUGCUACCUAUUCCUCCCUCUCCGCAGCCGUCAGGUGGAGGUAGUCGCGAUCGUAGCAGAACUCGAACUUCCACCCCGUCUGUAAACGGAUCAUCCGCGUCUGCGAGUAUAAACCAUCGACCACGAUAUCCCCUUAUUGAAGACGAUAUCGAUCUGUCCCGGCCUGACGUUGUCCUCCACCAUUUUCGUGAGCUCUUCAUCGGCCCUCGCUCAUGUCCCAGAUGCGGGGCGGACAUCACGUCUGAGCACCAGAGCGGCCGCGCAAUCGCCGUUUUCGAAACGCUAGUAAGCUUCGAUGAUGGCUACCGCGAGCAUGCACGUAUCAUGGGAUCAGGUGGCCGAGCAGCGAGACAAGAGUUCAACGACCUUGUGGCUUCGCGAACCGUAUCAUCAACCGCCGAGUGGGAGAAGAUGAUCGUUGGGGCGAUGAAGACCCUUGAAGUUUUCUUGCGGAAUCCAGAUGAAGAGGACGAGAAUUACAAGCCCCACCCUUCUAUGAAGCAUCUCUUUCUCAUGUCAGGUCUUCCCGAAGUGAUGGAGAGUUUACUGGGCAAUCGAAACGUCAGCGAUUGGGUCGCCCAUAGUGACGUCUAUUGCGCGAUGCUAUCAACGCUCAAAUGCAUGUCCAACUCAGGCCUGUCGGACUUGCUAAAAGAUCCCCUCCCCGUCAUUAACCAGAGCGACGGAAUCGGGAGCUGGAUGCGGGGGCAUGGGAAGAUAACCUGGGAGUCAAGCAGCGGGAAGGACAGUAUCGCUCGUUCCCCUCCCGUAUACGAGGCAGUUAAGGGACUGGAGAGGCAUAGACGGCCUUUAUUGGAGCUUGCAUCGAGGAUCAAGUUUCCAGCGACGGUCAAGAAAAUACAAGCACUUUGCGAUGGAAUCCUGUAUCUUCUACUCCAGCAAAUGAUGGUUUAA